AUGGAGAUGUCUUUCCGUCUAACCGCCGUGAAAGAGAUGAAGAAGAAGAAGAAGUUACAAGUAGGAGCCAGUAGGAGGUGCCGGAGAGCCCCUGCCGUCACGAUUCUUCAGAUCCCCGAAGAUUUAUUGACAGAAAUCUUGUUGAGAUUGCCGGCGAAAUCGGUGGUGAGGUUAAAGUGCGUCUCAAAGCACUGGUGUUCCCUCAUCUCCUCCCGCUGUUUCACCAACCUUUUCCUCAACACUCGGCGACAGCGGCGUCUGUUUAUGCAUCUUGUCAACAAGGAAAACCAUUCCGAGUUUGCGUUGCUCUCAUCAUCGCCGAAUCCGAAUCCUGACUCAGACGUCUCUCUAGUCAAACGAGAUCUAAACAUGCCCUGGAUGCUGGGAGGCGAGUUCGUGAGUGCUCUCCGUGGCCUGCUUUGUGUCAGAGUCCAGGGAAGAUUGCUUAUCUGUAACCUCACCACCAAGCAGCUCGUGGAGUUGCCCACCAUAAUGCCUGAACCUAAUGAUAACAACGUGUGGGACUAUUUUUGCCACGACCCUGUUCACGAUGAGUACAAAGCGCUUAACGUAGUUUGGGAGGAGAGCAAGGAAGAAGGGAGAGUUGUUAGAUCUGAGCAUCAUGUACUGGUACUUGGUCCUGGAGUUUCAUGGAGACGCAUUCAAAGUCCUCCUCCUCCUCCUCAUCGUCCUUGCUCACAAGGUAUCUCCAUCAACGGUGUCUUGUAUUACGGAGCUUGUAUUGAUAGGACUACAUCUGUGGUUAUGAGUUUUGAUUUGAGGUCAGAGGAGUUCGCUUUGAUCAAGUUACCCCUUGACGUCACCACCUCUAGCCCAAAUCUCAUGAACUACGGUGGGACAAUAGCUGUUUUUGAAUACUCCGUAUCGCUUCUUGCAACUAAUGGUACCGUGGACCUCUGGACAUUGGAGGAUGGCGGGAAAAGUAUCUGGUCAAACAAGAAGUCACUAGUUUUGCCUGUCUCUCUAAUGAAUUUCGCUAGUGGCAAUCACUUGAAGAUGCAAUCCACCACUCGCAGCGGUGAGGUUAGGUUGGCCAAGGCAUCGAUCGUGGUUAAUAAUCAUGUAUUCUUUCUCACCUAUGAUUUCGAGAGGAAUAAGAUAACUUCAAGGGUUAAGUUUAACCCGUUAUCAGCCAGUAUUGGGACUUGCUUGAGGUCGAAUUUUUGGGAUGAUACUGAGAGCAUUAUGUAUUUGGAAACCUGA